GACCAUUAUACCCUUCUCAGACCGACUCAUCAUUCUUCCUCUGCCCGUUUCCUACGACGGUUUGAAUUUUGCUGAAAUUUCCCCAAAUUGGGAAAACCCUAGAAAUCUCCAUGAGAAUCUUCUCCAUCUGAGUCCAAAUUUGAAGGGCCACCAAUGACCAGACCCAGCCGAUCAUCAUCAAGCCCCAACACGAACGCAGAUCGAAUCGAAUCACCUACGAGCUCGAGAUCGGUCACACAAACCGUGAACGGAUCGCACCAAUUCGUGAUCCAAGGAUACAGUUUAGCCAAAGGGAUUGGAGUAGGGAAACACAUAGCAAGUGAUAACUUCUCCGUCGGAGGUUAUCAAUGGACUAUCUUUGUCUACCCAGAUGGUAAGAACCAAGAGGACAGCUCUUCUUACGUCUCUGUGUUCAUCGUUCUCGCUAGUGAAGGUACUGAAGUUAGAGCGCUUUUCGAGCUUUCCCUUGUUGAUCAAAGUGGUAAAGGGAAGCAUAAGGUUCAUAGCCAUUUCGAUCGUUCACUUGAUGGUGGUCCUUACACUCUUAAAUACAGAGGAAGUAUGUGGGGAUACAAGCGUUUCUUCAGACGUUCCUUGCUUGAGACAUCUGACUACCUGAAAGACGAUUGUUUGAAAAUCAAUUGUACAGUUGGAGUUGUUGUUUCAGAAAUACAUUGUCCACGGCUACACUCUAUACAUGUCCCAGAUUCAGAACUUGGAUCAGACUUUGGGAAGUUGCUAGAUACUUUGGAAGGCUCGGAUGUCAAAAUUGACAUUGCUGGUGAGAAGUUUGAAGCUCAUAAAUUGGUUUUGGCUGCACGAUCUUCGUUUUUCAGAUCAAUGUUUUACAAUAUGCCAGAAGCUAACAACAAUGAGGUAGUGAUCAGCGAUUUGGAACCUAAGGUCUUCAAGGCCUUGUUACACUUCAUGUAUAAAGACUCUCUCUCGGGAGAUGUGGAACCAGUUACGGCUCAUUCAUUUGGCCUAUUAAAGCUGUCCGAGAUAGAUGAGACACUGAUCGUAAAGCUUUUGGCAGCUGCGACCAAAUACAAUCUGAGUAGGCUCAGAUCAUUGUGUGAAUCUCACAUCUGCAAAGCCGUAUCUAUCAGCUCCGUAUCCAAGAUCUUAGCUUUAUCCGACAGAUAUAAUGCAACUGAACUAAAAAGCGUUUCCCUAAACUUCGCUGCAGAAAACCUAGCAGCUGUUCUGCAGACAAAAGCUUAUGAAGAUGUGAAGGAUGACUAUCCAAACCUCCAGUCCGAGCUACUAAAGGCGGUGGCUGGUUAUGACGAAACAAGUAGCAGCGGAGGGGAAAGUCUCAGAGUGUUUGGGGCCAACUCUCUGACGGUGGUGAGACCAGCAGCCGAAGACUCAGGCAGCGAACCACGUAGAGGAGCUUCAACCCGGUGAGUCUUUCCUUGCCCAUAUAUGUUACUCUAUGAAACGGAAGUGGAUUCAAACUCCUAAACCACAAGAGAAGAGCUAUGCGGCUGUGCACUAGUCUUUCUAGUCCCUCUUCGGUGAUGAAUUGGUUUUCCACCUUUCAUUUUCCUCCACAGCUCUGUGGAUUUUUCUUUUUUGGUUUUAUUUUCAAAGUCUUUAUUUCCAUAUCUGUAUGUAAUAUAAAUUUAUUUUAUUUUAUUAUAUAUGUAUUAGCUAAUUAUAAUU